GGCCGAAGUAUCAGUUAUCAAGCAUACAGAUUUUGAGGCAGUUGCUACUUCUCGAAAUCUUACUCCUGAGGAAGUUGAAAUUCUUAAAUUCGAUUCAGAAUGUUCAGUUGUAGAUACUAUGGCACUUAAGCAUUUUUAUAUGUGGAAUCUUUAUGGUGAAAAUGAUAUGAGUAUCGAGGAUUGGAAUAAACUCUACGAUAAAAAUUUUGUAGAACAUUUUAGUCCACCUGAACCUAGAAAACAUUUCUUGCGUUUAUCUCAUUUUUGCAAGCAAGGUUAUGACGAAGACAAUGCAAUAGAAGAAUUAAAGGCCAAAGAUCUUGUACAAUGGGAAGAUACAUGCUAUAAUGCUAAAGAUAAUUUUGAGAAUUCAGUAGCAAAAGACUUACGUAAAACAUAUUCAGCGAAUUAUUGGGAAACUGUACGAGGACUUUUACAGUCGCUUGAUUUUAUAGGUAUGGACAAUAAGCGCAUUCUCUCUGAUGAUCAGGUAAAAGUUGCGUUUGAAGUAUCUCGUGAAAAAUUUAUAGAAAUUCGAAGUCAAUAUGGUUAUACUAUAAAAAGCGAACGAAAAUUGGUAGGACCUAAAGAAAAAAGAAUUUGGAAAUAUUCAUAUCAAAUUAACCAAAAGUCAUAUAAUAGUCGUGGUUUUGAUAAUCAAGAAGAAGUAAUGGCUAGGAAGUUAGAUAAUUCUGAAUACUGUCCUAUAGUUCCAGUUCUUCCAUCAUAUAAGCUAAAGGUAAGUGGUGAGAUUCAGGACUUUUUCGAUUCUAUACCUAUUACUAACAAUACUACUUUAGAAUAUGCUGAGCAUGAAAUUUCUAACUUAUCUAGUAAUGCGAUUGAUGAAAAAGAUUUACCUUUGCCGGAGGCAGUCACACAGUGGCUAAAAAUGCCAGCCCAUAUUCAAUCUACUGAUCUUUCUCAAGAUAUAUGUCAUUUCGAUACUACUAUUUCCGAAGGAGGCACAGUUGAGAAAAAGAUACCUGAAUCCUUAGACACAAUAUGCCUGCCUCCGGCAAUUUCUCUAUCUUCAGAAUUUCUCAUUAAAAACGAAUCUGAUAUAGAUAUACUUAUCCUUCUUUUACAACAAAAAUUUUAA